AUGAAGACUUACAUACUUGCUGUCUUUGUGGCGUGUUUUGUGUAUUCCUAUGGUUUGGAGAGUAUAUGCCGAUUAGAAGAUCCAGUAGAGAGAAAGAUUGAUGGGGGAAAUCGAUCCCAGACAACUUAUAUUAUGAAGAAAAUUGAUGUUGCCUUGAGUAAUAAUACUGAAGUCAACAUUUCAGUGAACGAAAUAUCCGCCACGAGAUUAGCAACCAUACCAAACUUAUUCGUGGCAAUUGACACUUGUCCAAGGAGACUAGUUUUCAUCACAUACCUUGUUUUAAACCGCGAAACGUGCUAUGUUGUGCAUCCAAGACAACAGAGGGUGACCUACGCAAUCUGUGGAGGAAGUGAUUGCUACAGGAAUAUAGUUUACAAGAGCCGGUGUUUCACAACCUGA